AAAUACCCACAGCAACAUCCCCUUCGUGUACUAGCAUACACCAAAUCCUAGUCUCUUCCAUGCUUCUCUCGUUUCUCUAAUUCUCUCAUCUGUGGUCGUGGUGGACGCGCCGAAUGUGAAGAAAAGUGCCAAAAGUCUGGAGAAAAGUGAAUCCAAAGGAAUUAAUUAGAAGAGAGAGAGAGAGAGAGAGAGAGAGAGACAGAGGGCGAGAUAAAAUGAGCAGUGGAAACCGAGUUUUGUUGUGUAAAUCAGUUUCUUCGCUCAUCUUCACCAUACCUUCCUGUCUUUCUUGCACUCAACUUAGAUCCAAAUUCGUUGCAGCUCGCGCCUGGUCUCCCGCUGCUUCUAGGCUUUAUCGCCGAAUGGCCGCCGCAGCUUCAUCCUUCCCGUCCUCGGUUAACACCACUUCGGGCAAUGUCAAUGCUUCUUCUUCGCCGGUCGACGACGCAGCUUCUUCUGCUUCCUCUGCCAUUGAUUUCCUCUCUUUAUGUCACCGCCUAAAGACAACAAAAAGAGCAGGAUGGAUACGUAAAGAUGUUAAGGAUCCAGAAUCAAUAGCGGAUCAUAUGUAUCGAAUGAGUUUGAUGGCUCUGAUUGCUUCAGAUAUCCCUGGCAUAGACCGAAACAAGUGUAUAAAAAUGGCUAUUGUUCACGAUAUUGCUGAAGCUAUUGUUGGGGAUAUUACGCCAUCAGAUGGUGUUUCAAAAGAAGAAAAGAGUAGACGAGAACGAGAAGCACUUGAUCAUAUGUGUAAAAUGCUAGGUGGAGGAUCUAGAGCAUCGGAAGUAGCUGAGUUAUGGAUGGAGUAUGAAGCAAAUUCUUCACCAGAAGCUAAAUUUGUCAAGGAUCUUGACAAGGUGGAGAUGAUACUUCAAGCCUUAGAAUAUGAAGAUGAGCAGCAGAAGGAUUUGGAUGAAUUUUUUGAGUCAACUGCUGGGAAGUUUCAGACUGAAACGGGCAAAGCUUGGGCAUUGGAGAUAGUAUCAAGGAGGAAGAAAAAUCAUCACCCCAAGUUACACUGAUAUUUGAUCCCGUUCUUGUGUUCUUAUUGCAAUAAUUGGAAAGCUUGGUGGUUGAGGUGGAAGUUGAACUGGCAGCGAUGUGAUAACAAGCAAAGAGUCCCACGCUGGGUGCCCAAGGCCCACCAACAGGCUGAGAAGUGGUGGCUGCGCAGGAAGCAGCGGGUAGAAGUACAACCCGGUUUCAUUAGUAACAGAAUAUUAGCUAACCAAUAUAACCUACGUGCUCAUCCAAUUCUGAGCUUCCUUUGACAUCUUUGAAUACUCUUGGACAUUUUUUUGGGCCUCAACAUACCUUUGGUAGUUAAUGAUCUCAGCGAAGCCUAUAUUGAUUUCUUGUUUA